CAUAUCAUAUCUGUACUGUACUGCACUGUGCAGUCAAGGAAAUAGGUAAAGGCAUGGGCUUAUUCUCUGUCUCUUCGCUUUAUUCCCCCACUAGUUACGGCAUGACAAAGGCCAAGCACCAGCUUCCUCAUCUAUAAAUCGCCUCAUUUAUGCCCUCUCACUACCCCUCAGUCGCACAGCCUGGCCGUACUUUUGUAGUUUUGUGAUGAGCUGAUCACCCUGUCGCACAACAUCCUGAUACUGCUUGUUCUUGUCAUCGGGGCGGUUUGUCUCGAUCACACCCUUGCCUGUCACGCGAUCGAUGGUGCAGGGGAUACGCCCAGCUGCGAUGAAGCGGGCGAGGUCACUAGUAGAGAAUCAGUCAGGUUGUGUUCAUUCAUGAAAUUGCGUAACGUGUCACAUACCGGUCGAGGAAGUCAACUGUGACUCCGAAGUCAUUGGCCAUGCUCUCCAGCCCAACAACUCUGUAGCUCUGAAGAAGCUGCUGAUAGGCGCGAAGUCGCAUCUCCCGAAUAAACCAGUUCUUGUGCUCAUGAAGAUAGCGGUCCUGGUUUAGGAACUGCUCCUCAACCUCAGCCAGAGACUUGAAGAAGGUCUUAUAGUUUCCGUUGUACAAACUACUAACGAGCAGCGCUAGAGGGCUAAAGUCAAUGGCCAUUUCAGCUUCAGGUUGCUCCGUGCUGGUACCCAACGUGGUCAGGUUGACAGCAGCGGUGGCCGUCUUUGGGGCCUUCGCACCGGCAGUGUCAUCAGCACCAGGGCCAGCGCUGAGGGCACCACUCAGAGCAAGAAGCUUGUCCUCACCAUCACCCAGAAUAGCCUUGAUUUCAGGUGCGUCUACAACCUUUGACUUGAAAUCGACUCGCUUGAGAGAGACUGAACCAGCAAGGACGGAGUACACGACGAGGUUGGAAUAGGUGCAUAGUUCGUAACUGGUGAAUGUGGAGAGAGAGUCGAGCAGUAGAGGCGCGGCGAGGUUGUAGGAGCGAAGUGUGAGUAGGUGCAGACCCUCGUAGGCCUUGAGACGGUUGCGGCGGUCCCAGUCACCGCCUGAUUCGACGAGUGUCUUGGCGCGCUCGACGUGCUUCUUGACAAGAGGCUUGUCGCCAUAGAAGAGGCCCAUGCGUAUUAUGGCGAGGACGACGUCGAUCUUGGUACCGAGGAUUCCCGUCUUUUCGGAGAGGCUCUCAUAGGCGGCAAUGGCCUUGUCCUUGGUGGGUGUUAGCAGGCGAAGUCAACUUGUGGCUAGAACCUGAGUUUCUAUGUGAUAACAAACAUACCUUAUCUCCUACACGAGCCCAGAACUCAGCUCGCUUCCCCUGAGCAGCCAUGACCUCGGUAUCACCAGCUUGCUCAACAGCGUCAUCCUCCUCUUUCUGGAACUCUUCCAGCUCCCGGUCAUUGUCUUCCUUCAACUGGUUGUAAAGGCCCUCGUCCCAGGGAAGACUGACGAUGGUAGUGGCAGGCUUAGUAGCAAUCAUUCCAACAAGACUGGACUUUCUGCUGAGCGGUCGUCCAGGAGCGGAAGAGCCGCCCUCGCCAAGAGUGUUAAGGACGCCAUCGAGUGGAUGGGCGAGAUAUCGGUAGAAAGGAGCCAUCUUGUCCUGUGCGAUGGCAUCUUGAAGGGCCUUUACAGCAGCUUGUUGCGCAUUUUUGGUGGCAUAGCCGUUUGUGAGGGUGAAAACGUGCUGCGACAGAGGCAGCAAUGGCCACUUCGCGUACUGGGGGUCGGAACCCAUGAUGGAGGCGGUCGCUGUCGUUCGGAGUAUGUGAUUGUUUUCAGCGCACAGUGCGGUAUCGGCAGUUGCCCGGAAAAAUCGAGAACGGUGACGUUGUUCGCUGUUGGGCGUUGGUGCUGUGGUUGUUGAUGUUGUGGUUUGGCAGAUGGAUGACGAGAGAAGCUCAGAGGUAGGUCGAUAGAGCUUGGUGUUGAGCAGAUACAGCAAUCCAAUGACAAUUGGAUCCAUUGGAUGGCGAGGCGACAGUGGGGGCCUACAGGCGACUUCGUGCUGCAAGGCUCCAGCGGGACACGCACUGAUGGACUGGUACGUACCUCGAGCACUCAGCUCAACUUUUACCGAGCUCACUUCAGUGAGCGAAGGAAUUGGUAAAUAAUGAGUUGCACAGUGAAUAAUUAUUAGGUCGUGCUUCAGCCUCACCUGAUGCUUGGUAGCUAAUGGAAUAGCAGAAUAUCGUCAAGGGUUCAACAAGUACUCAAUUCUCUGAUAUAUUUGGCGUUGCUUACGGAACAAGUAGCUGUCUGGCAGUCAAAUACCUUUACAGAAUGGCCAUGAUUGAUUGCAGUUAAAAAGUAAAUAGAAUUCUCUGUAGACACAGAGUGCUUUAUACGCCAUCAUUCAUUGAGUUGCAGCGGCUAUAGACUAAUAGGUGCAGGGUAGGCUGAUGCAGCUGGACCGCAUGGGCCGAGCGCCCUUACAUCAGUGCAACGCUGAGAUUAGAUACAGAACUUGCAUCAUAUUCCAUUUCUCUUUCAAUUCAAUAAACUUGAACACCCAACUUCGCAUCUACCAUUGCAAUCAAUCGACACAUAUAUCACAAAAAGAACGAGUGAAACUGUCAGAAAUGGGCAGAGACUCUGAUCGCGACGACGGUGACGAGCGAAACCACCGCAAGCGUCCUGCAAACGACGAACCUCAAGAUGAUCUACCCCAGCCAUACAACGCCAAAUCACUUCAGCCAGCAAAGCGGCGCGCCCUCUCGCCAUCAGAACAGCCUCGAAAGCUGAAGCGCCCCGGUGCGCGUUCGCGUAUCUCAGAGGCCGAGCGUGAAAAGAUUCGACAGCGCCAGCUCGAACGAGAACGCGAAGCUGCGGCUGAGGAAGCCGCCGAAGCUGAACAGGAGAGGAUCCGAAACAACAGUGAUCUUGUGCGACACCACUACAACAACGUACCAGAGCGCGGUCGCGACUGGAGAACAAGAGACAGCAAGAUCAAGGGACUUCGUGUUUUCAACAAUUGGAUCAAGAGCUGCAUCAUCCAGCGUUAUUCACCCGAUGAAGACCACACCCCUGGUUCGCGCGAAGCUGGACGCUCCAGUGGCAAGGACCUACUUGUGCUGGACAUGGGAUGUGGAAAGGGCGGCGAUCUUAACAAAUGGCAGCAAGCUCCUCAACCAAUUCAGCUUUAUGUUGGACUCGAUCCCGCUGACGUGAGUAUCGAGCAAGCCCGCGACCGCUACCGUACACUGGGUAGCCGUGGCGGGCGAGGUGGGCGCGGCGGACACCGACGACCGCCACCGCGCUUAUUCGACGCUCGUUUCCACGUCAAAGAUUGUUUCGGCGAGUCCAUUGAGAACCUCGACAUCAUCCAGCAAGUCGGCUUCGACCCUUCACCUAUGAACCGCCGAGGUUUCGACGUUGUCAGCAUGAUGUUCUCCAUGCACUAUGCUUUCGAGUCGGAAAAGAAUGCGCGUAACAUGCUCCGCAAUGUCGCUGGAGCACUCAAGAAAGGAGGACGUUUCAUCGGCUGCAUCCCUAAUUCUGAUGUUCUGGGCGAGCGAGUCCGCAAAUUCAACGAGGAGGCUGCUGCCAAGCGUGCAGCUAAGCAAAGCGAAGAAAAGAUCGGCGAUGGUUCGACAACACCGCAACAAACGGAGCCAGAGGAUGGUGAGCUGGAAGAGGGCGAGGAGGAGCCGACUGCUGAAUGGGGUAACUCGAUUUACCGUGUGCGCUUCCCGGGGAAAACACCUGAUGAUGGUGUCUUUCGACCUGCCUUCGGCUGGAAAUAUAACUUCUUUCUAGACGAAGCUGUAGAGGAGGUGCCUGAGUAUGUCGUACCCUGGGAGGCCUUCCGUGCUCUCGCCGAGGACUACAAUCUUGAGUUGCAGUUUCAUCGCACUUUUCCUGAAAUCUGGGAGGCGGAGAAGGAUGACCGCGAGCUUGGUCCGCUGAGCGAGCGCAUGGGCGUACGGGAGCGUGGUGGAGGCCCUCUUCUGGUAUCCGAUGAGGAGAUGGAAGCUGCUAGUUUCUACGUCGGGUUCUGCUUCUAUAAGGUCUAAUCAUUUCUGUAUCGGUAUAAGACGUUGGGGGAUGGUAUCAUGGGCUUGGUGUUAAGGAGUUUGGCUCAUAUACAGGAGAAACGACGCCACUAUCACCAGGGCAAGUCGACCAAAAUAAGAAAAGACUAUGUUUGUUGAUUAUAUAUCUAGGUGAUAAAAAAAUGUGUUUUCGAUGGAGCUGGGUAUCAUGUUUCUUUCUGAAUGGUGAGUUUCAACUCCUACCUAUGCAAUGCCUGCCCUCUUCCCAAGUAACGGACUCUUUCCCAAAAACUUGCCGAGGUCCGGUGAACAUCUACUCAACUGCGACACUAAUUAAAGAGCAUUCGUUGCUCGUCGCCAUAUCGUUAAAGCAGCAACUCCUGCACAGGCCGUGGCGCCCAAUGCAAUAUACAAACUGGUCCGAUCAGGCCCCUCCUCAUUGCUCCUGGGGAAAGCCGUACUAGGAUUUGUAGCGGCAUCUGCAAAAGCUACAAAAAGCUCACUGAUGCUACCCCAGGUGACACUCACAUGUAACGGCAGGCUCAUGUUGAGUGAGGCAGUAUACUGAUCUGGCUGAAGCUCACAGCGUUGGUUUGUCUUGUCUUUAUCGGCCUUGAGAGCAGUAUAGAUCGAAGGGAGCUCAUCAAGGUGCGCGUAUUUGCUCCGCAGAUCAACGAUAUGCGAGAACGAGUCGGGGUCAGACGAGUCAUAGGCGUAGCAGAUAAGAUCGCAAGCAUCUAAUUUGGCCGGGUUGUCAAGGAUUGCAGGCUCCAGCUCCCCAAGCUCUUCCAGAAUGAGGUACACCUGUUUUCCGCCUGGCAGCUCGACACUGUUGACAGCGCGGCGCGGCUUGAUGGUUGGAUGGUAAAGACCAUCAAAAGGGCGGUUGAGGAAUGAGUCGAGGAGAGCGGAUUUGCCUGCUCCUGAUGCACCAAGAACGUAGCAGAGGACCACGUUACGCUCCACCCGACCAGGACGUCUCCUUCUCUUACGAGGCUUGGUUAUCUUGAGUGCCGCGGUGAUGGGUUCCUUGGGAUUCGAAGGCUCAAAUCCCAGAUACGCGAGAUAUUCAAUGGUUGUCUUGGGUUCGAUAAAUGUUGUCAUACUCCACUGAGCCAGCCACCCCUGCAAAGUAACAUGCCCAGCUUCAUUCCUUACAGUCGAGGAGGGGAACGACGAGUCGGUCCAGGAACUGGGAAGUCCUGGAGCUGGGGCAAACAGAGCCUCAAGUUCUUGAUCAUUGAGGCCACCAUCAUUGUCCUUGUCAAACAGCAAGAAGAGAUCCACAAAGAAUCUAUAACCAGCAGGACUCAACUCGGCCGACGAGUACUCUGGAACAUCGAACUUGGGUCGAAUAAACUUGUCCUCGAGACUGAGACUAUCGGUAUAGUGAUAUUUUCGAAGGAUAAUCCAGAUAGUUUCGUGGCGACCCUUCUCAGCAUAAAGUUUGUUUAAUUGCAGGAAUCCUGGCAGAUCAAUGCCUUUUUCUAACUCGGACGUGGGCAACGAUUUCGAGAUACUGAGUUUGAUAUUGUCUAGGUCGUCCGCUGUCAGAGGUUUUUCGAAGCAACGUGCUUGGAAGUCUCUCAUUUCUUGUUCAUUGAGAUAUCCGUCCUGGUCUUUGUCGCAAAGAUAGAAUAUGCGCCUCAGAGCGUCAACGCACAGAGGCUUGAGAUGCCCCUCCUUGUAGUCAAAUAGAGGGGCAAUUGGAUGAGUUACGGCCUUUUGACAAAGGAAAAAGACUUCGUUUACGUUUCGAUGGUCUCGAGCGCUGGCGCGGAUGCAAGAGUCGAUUUCGCGGAAUUCAGCCAUCACAGGUAGCAAUUCCUCCUCGACUACCUGAGGUGUGGUGCCCUGGCCAGCCAGAUCGGAUUUGUUGGCGCAUAAUACGACGGGGACGUUGACGCCGAGGGAUCGGAAGUAUGGCAUCCAGAACAAUGCUACUCUUUCGUAGCUGUAAUGGUCGGCAUAGACGAGGAGGAUGACAUUGCACUUUCGGAUCUCUUUGCGCAAAGUAGUUCGGUCUUGAGGGCGAGCUGAGGUAUCGACGAUGGUUGUUGAGACAUUCUCGGGCGUACCAAUACUAGGAGGAAUAGUGAUUUGAGGAAGGACGGGCUGGAUUUUGUUGUUGACAAAUUGAUCCUUAACGAGAGAAGCGAUGAGGCUCGAUUUGCCGGUGCUUUCAUCACCGCAGACGCAGAUGCGCACUGCGCAGGGAAGGUUAGUCAUUUGAGCAACAAGUUGUUGUUGGAUUGAAGAGCUCGCAGUGGAGUCGGAGCCGAGUUAGUUGGAGGUUGUUCGUACCAGCGGCCAUGAUGGAGGUAUUAUCGGAGUCUUUGGUGAAAGUAUGUCGUCAUUAAGGUUCCAUGCCCAAGAGGGAACGGUGGUCUGCUGAUAUCGUGGGUUCGGUAGGUCGAUCGUGGGGAAUGAAUGAAUCGUAGCGGCGGCCGGCAACAGCGGAGGUGUCAGCAGAUGUAUUGGUCGAAUUUGAGGAUAUGGCGAUUAUUUAGAGAUGGGUAAGGAAUAAUGAAAACCAAGUUGGAGAGAGCCACGAAAGAAAAGAGCCUUGUAGAGAAGAUGAUCCAUCACCUCAGGCCAUGCCUGAGUUUUAUAUGAGAAACAAGACGAGACAGAAAGAGCGGUGCAGAGAAGGGAAUAAAUUAGGUACAGCAGGCAAUAUGCAGCUAAUAAUUCAGACCAAGUGCCAGACCUAAAAUUGGAGUUUGAUGGC